AUGAUAAUGAUGAUGAUGAAGAAGUAAAAAAAAUUACAACAAAGCAUAAACAACUUUAAUCUCAACACAGAACAUUAUUAUAUCUACAAGAAUUAAAUAAUUUUUUGUUCGUUUUAUUGAAAAAAAAAAAAAGAAAUUUCAAAGUUUCUGCAUUUUUAAUUUUUUAAAAUUUAUUAAAAUAUGUAAGUUUGUGAAUGUAGUAUUGGAAUUGGUUGGUUGUUGAUUAUUCUUUUGAUUUUUUUUUUUUGAUUUUUUUUUCCACCGCCUUGACUUAAAAGUAUAAGCAAAAAUAAAUAUAUAUAUGUAAGAUAUGUCUAAAAAGUCAGUCUUGGGUUUUUCAAGCUUAACACCAGAGUUGAGAAUUGAGUUUGUGAGAGACACCGACGGGCCUCACUGUAUCUUGCGUGGCCAUGCGUCGUUCACUGCGGUCCGCACCAUCUCACGAACGCCACUGUAACCGUUGCCAUUCCCAUCCUCUUCCCUGUUACACUGAACCGCCAGAAGCCAACGUUCCUCCCAACAAUACGUUUCAUUUACAACAUUCAAAUUCACAUCCAUAAUAAAAUUCAACAAAGCUUUAAAAAUUAAUCAUUUAAUCAUUAAAACAACCCCCGACAAACAACAAGUGUUUAUUUUAUUUAAAAAAAAAAUUUUUAAAAAGUUUAAAAAUUGUCAAUUUUAUUUUACUCAAUUUUGUGAAAAUUUUAUUAUUAUCAUUUUCACAAACAUGUGGUGUUUUUCCGGCGUGUAAUAGUGUUUGUGUGUUUGUGCGAAAAUAUUACACUUGAUAUUUUUUUUUGUCAAAAUGUAUUUGUGAAGAAGAAAGUGAAACUGUCAUUAUAUAUUUGAUAUAUAUAUAUGAAUUUUUAUCGCGUGUGAUCAAUUUAUUUAUUUUAAAUAAAAAAUUAUCUUGCCGCCAGGUUUUUUUGUUUUUUUUUUUUUUAUUAUUAUUUAUAUUUAUUUUAUCAACGUUAUAUUUAUGUUUUAAAAUUUUUUAAAAAAUAUAUUUUUAUACUAUUUUAUUAGUAUGAUGAUAAGGUGUGCAAGUGCCAAGUAAUAUAUGGGUAAAAAUCGUGAUUGUUGAUGCCUCGGGAAAGUUAUUUUAUUUAUUUUUUAUUUAACAACAAAAAAAUAAAAAUAAAUAAACAAAAAUAUAUAUCCGGUGUUGUUAUAAACAAGAAUAUUAUGUAUCUCGAUGAAUGCUAUACAAUUGAGAAAUUCAUGUUAAAUUUAACACUGAUUUUGAUUAAUAAUAAUCAAUCAAAAAAUAUAUUUUCGUUUUGUUAAUUAAUUUGUGAUUAGUUUUAUUAUUUAUUUAUUUAUUAUUUGUUUAUCAACAAAUCAGUUUGAGUGGUUUUUUUUUAUUUAAAUUUUUUGAAACAAAAUAAAGUGAAAUUAAUAACAACUUGAAAUAUAAUUAAUUAAUAUUAAAUUUAAUUGACAUUAAAUUUAAUUAAAUUUACAAAAAAAAAAUUAACAAAAACAAGAACAUUGAGAUAAAAAAAGUACAAUCAUGAAACGAAUUCGAGAGCCAGGAUCAAGGGAAAUGGAUCCUUAUAUGUCCUAUUAAUUGGGAUAUAUUUAAAAAUUAUAUAUAUUUAUAUAUAUUGUGAUUAAAAAUUGUGUAAUAUAUGUGAGCGUGGUAACGCUGAAUUGGGAUCAACAAUACGUGGGUCUCGAUCCAGCCAGGUGAAUAGGAUCUACGGCCUCAUUGCUGGCCUGGCCAGCUACUAUGCGAAUUGAAGCUCUUCGUGCCCUCAUCGCGGUGGUUUGGCUGACCGCACUACUGUGGCCAAAGUUUACAGUUGCCGAUAACUUUACCCAGCCGAUAUCUUCAAGAAUAACCAGAGAAGAUCCAUCAAGCGAAUACAAUUGGAUACUACCACAAACGGAUAAACCAAAGUUGGAAUUAACGUAUCGUGAAAUGCAAAAUAUAUUGAGAAUUGAAGAAGCUGAAAAGGGUAAACCUGUUGGGUGUUGUCGAACAGUUGAAUAUCAUAUUUCACCAGCUGGUGGAUCAAAUCGUAGCAAUAUGUAUGUUGAACUUUAUCGUGACAGUACAACUAAUCAAAGUUUUUAUGAAGUAUCAUGUCAUCCAGAUUAUGUUGAUAAACCAUGUAGAUUUAUUGAUCGUAAAUUAGCACCACAAUCAAAAUGUGUUCAACAAUAUUCAUUUUCUUAUGCUCUUAUUAAAGAUCCGGACGAACAUAAGCAUCGUCAUAAAGCUCAUCAUUCAGAAGAUACUGGUCCACGAACACCAUGGAUACUUGAUCAUAUUAGAAUAAGAAGUGGAUGUGCAUGUCAAUUAACAUCAAAACCCAAAAAAAAACGUGUUACAAAUGGUACUAAAGUUAAAAAAGAUAAAAGUAAAACACGAAGGCCACAUGAUCAAGAGUUUGAUGAUAACUCCAAAGACAAUUAUUCUAUUAAAAAUAGACAUCCAUAAUUUGUGUACGUGUUUUUUUUUUUUAAAUGUAUUUUUUUUUUUUUUUUUUUUUUUUUCUCUUGUUACCAACGAAUGUACUUGUUAAUCAGACAAACUCAGGACUUGUCCGAAAUGUGAGAAAUUUCAAGUGCGAUUUUAUUAACAAUGUUAUACCAAUUAUUAUUAUUAAUUUUUUUUUUUUUUAAAUAAGUUUAUCAGUCGAAAUCAUGCUAAUCAUACAGAAAGAACAAAAUAAAGAAAAAGAAAAAUUAUAAAAAAAAAAUGAAUACUGAUGUAAUCAAUCAUUUUUUGUGUCAAAAUAUUUUUAAGAAGAAGAUUUUUGUUUUUUAAAUAAUAUUCAUUUUAUGACGCGGCCAGUUCUUAACAAUAAUUAUUUUGUAUAUGACAUAACAAGUGCUUUAUAUUUUUGAUAGUAUUAAUUGAUUUAUUAUUUUAUAUUUUUGUCAAUCACAAUAUCCAGUGAAGAAUGAAUCUGAUUAAAAAGUUAGAGUAUGUCUGUUGAAAUGAAUGUUUGUAUUAAAAAGAAAAGAAAAAAAAAAAAACUA